AUGAGUGGGCCGAGUUCUUUUGGAGGUGCUGGAUUUCUUGCUGGGCUGAGUUCUUUUGGUAGUGGUGGUGGUAACACUGCUGCUGGUGGUGGUGGAUUUUUUGCUGGGCUUGGUGGUGGUGGUGGAUUUCUUGAUGGGCAGAGUUCUUUUGGUGGUGGUGCUGGUGGCUCGUCAUUUCAGGCGGGCCCGAGUUUUGCUGGAGGUGGUGGUAUUAGUGCUUUACCAUUUGGUGCAGGGCCGGGUUCUUUUGGAGCAGGCGGUGGUGGUAGCAACAACAAUGGCAUUGUUCCAUUUGAUGGUAGGGUUCUAGACACCGGUGGUUCGAAGGCUCCUUAUGGAUUUAACCAUGGCUAUGGGCGUGGUUUUUACUAG